CCCAAGAAAGGCACCACAGUGCCUAGGACUGCUGGGUGCCUGUGCCAGGGAAGCUAGUGCCUCUGACCCAGUCCUUUUGGGCACCAAAGUGCCCCAGGAGGAGAGCAAUGAAGCCCAUGGGCCUGAGUCCUACAGAGAAACCACCCUUAAAACCUUGAUGAGGUGGCACAGAGAGGCAUUGCCCCCUACUCACUGUCACUUGACAGUGUGUCCCGGGGCCCCCCUGGCAUUGCUGUGGGCAGACACCUUUAACAGCCACCAGCUUUGGCUCCUCUCUUUGUGCACCACCCGUAGCCACUGCACAUAUUUUGAACUUGAGUGUUAAAAUAUGCCAAGGAAAGGGUUCAGAAAAUUGCUUAACAGGGAAAAAACCAGAAAGUGUUUCCAGCCAAUACCCCUCUGUGAUGCCGCCCCAUCUCGCCCACAUGUGGACUCUGGCAGCAGUUCCCCAAGCCAUCCAUGCUUGUUUCAUAACCCUACUCUCAGAAGAGGCUGAAGUGGCUGCUGCCAGCCCUCCUGCUUGCUGUUCCCAGGCUGGGGCUUGUCUUAUCUGGCUUUUGAGAGGCAUGUGUGUUCCCACUCCUUCAUCAUGCUGCUGCCAGCAGUGCCACUUCUCCAGGGUGCAAGACCGGGGCAUCUCUCAGGCUGCUGAGUGUGACACCCCACGGUCCCCACACCACCGCGCGGUCCCCCCGUUCGGGCAACCAUUUAGCCAGCCCUCGUGGCGAGCGACACUGAAACUGGUACCCAUCUCCAGCCUCACAGAACAUGAAGACACCGGCACCCAGCUGGAUCUUGGUGAGGGAACAGCCGCCUGGGAGACAGUUCAAGGAGCCUUUCCCUUCCUCCUCACAGAGUGAAUGGCCGGACAUUCGCCGAGAUUGAGAUUACAGCACACAUUUGUCUGGAUUUGUGUCUCACCGUGUCUGGGAGAAAGCUGGGAGCACUUUGGAAACCUUGUCAAGCCCUGUUCCUCUGUCCAGGGAGAACAGAGGCCGGAGGGAAGGGGCUGCCAGUUUCUUUGCCAGCAAUGGGAUGCCAAGGCACGGCUCACCCGUAACAGGGUGCCCUGGAGAAAGUGUUCCUGUGCCGAGAGUGACCCAGCUGUCCCGAGCAGCCGCUGGCCCUGGGCAGCAGGCUGAGAGUGAGUGCACAUGUGCCCGCCGAGCCUCGGGACUUCGGCAGGGCAGAGAAGCGAGCCAUUGUCCCCGCGCAGUGCCAGCCCCGCGGGCACCGCCCGCCGCCGCGGCCCGGCUGGUGCCAGCUGCCGCCGGGGACACGGCGGCUCUACCAUGGCCACACUGCUCCGGCCAGCACUGACCGUGGUCCUCCUCUGCUUCGCUGUGCGUCUGGAGGCCAGCCCGGAGCUGUCCGGGUACCUGCGCAAGGUGCUGAGGAACCACACAGCCCACACCUGUGAUGGAGAGCAGCUCCUCAUCGUCUGCCCUCGCAAAACCACCAUCAGCAUCCUCGGGGCCUUCUAUGGGCGUCGAGUGCCCAGCAGCAACCUUUGCCCCAGCCCCGACAAUGCCUCCCAGGAGAGCACCGAAUGCACGUCUGCCACUGCCCACCUGAAGCUGCUGGCUGAGUGCCAGGACCAGCAGUGGUGCCAGUUCUCAGUGCACAGCCAGGUCUUUGGGCCAGACCCAUGCCCUGGGACACACAAGUAUCUCAUCGCUUCCUACAAGUGCCGGCCAGGGAACCAUCGGGUCAAGACCGUGUGCGAGAAUGACAAGCUCAGGCUGCAGUGUCGACCAAAAUCCAUCCUGGCCAUUUAUUCUGCAAGUUAUGGACGAUUCCUGCGGGGCAAACCAGAAUGUGAUGCUUUGAACACUGGAGAACCCCAUAUAGAGUGUGUGGCUCCAGAUGCUCUGCGCAGGGUCUCCAAGAAGUGCCACCGCAAGGGGAACUGCACCGUGGCUGCUGACAAGGCCACCUUCGGGGACCCGUGCCUCCCCGGCAUGAAGAAGCAGCUGCGAGUCUCUUACACCUGUGUGCCCAAGCAGCUGCUGGAGGAGGUGGGCCCUGACACCUCGGACCCCUUCCUGCUCUCGGACUAUGUACACGGUGGCUGGUACAAAGGGCCCAGGUUCUCCAGGCUCCAGGAAGACCGCAUGAUUUUUACUAGCUCUCUGGCAGCUUUUGCUCACCUUUGGGGUGUCCCAGAGAAAGUUGCCCUCUACUUUCUUUGCGGAGUCUCAGGAGGCCUCAUGCUGCUGCUGUGCAUCAUCAGCCCCAAAACAACCUUCAUCCAGGAGGUGGGGGAGGCUCUCAAAGACCCAGAGCUGGGGAGCAGCUCAGAGCUGGGCAGGACCAAGCUGCGGGAUGAGCAGGAUGAAGACAUCCCUGAUGACAGCUCCUCAGACUCCUCCUUCCGCCGCCUCACCCGCACCUACCGGGCCACUGACAGCAUCUUCGGCCCUGAGCUGACGGCAGCCAUGGAGGGAGCAGUGGAGCACCAGGGCCACGGUGGGGAGGAGAUCUGGAUGCCCAAGGAGUCAAGCCCAUAUGCCAUACACAAGAUCAAAUCAGCCACCAAAUAAGAACUCAAAGAAAAUGGCUGGAGGGCAGCAGAGGGGUGCAGGCUCAGUGGGAUCCAACAUUAGAGAGACAUAAGAGUUUGGGCUCCUUGAGGUGACUGGACAUCCUGAGCAGCAGCAGGGUCAUGGCAGCUCCAGUGUGUCCAUGAACCCACUGCUCCACCAGCUGGGGGUGACAUGCAGACCCUCAGUGUGAUGAGGGGCUGUGUAAUGGUUCUGUGGGCCACAGGCUCCUCUGCCACAGAUGCCACUAACCCUAACCUAACCUCCCUGUUCUCAGCUUGCAUUGUCUGGCUCUAGAGUUUAACCCUGAUCAGCUGUGCCGAGCCCACCCUGAGCCCUUCGAAGCUGCUUGCUCCUAUUUCUCCUUGGGUACUGCCUUCCACUCCUGGUGCAGCAAACGCACCCUGCACUCGGGCACUGUGUCAGCAGCGGAGAGGCAGGAAUGGCCAGGACAUAGGAAGAGGCAGGUAGAGUGGGUGUGCAAGCACAGCAGGCAUCAGCAGCACAGCCCCACCACGGUGCACACCAUGCAGCCCUGCUGUGCCAAGGGAGCUACUCCCCAGGCUGGGGCCACUGGCAGCUCAGCAUAAGACAGGCUCUCACCUACCUGCAGGCAUUCAGGAGCUCUGUCACCCUGUGUCGCUCUAUGCUUUCCUCUCUACUUUCCCCAGUGGCAGGAGAGCCCCAAGUUUUAACUUGCUGUGUUUUUUUUCCCAGUGAAUAAAUGCAACAGCUCUUAGGCACAA